GACUUUGACAGGCAUCAAACUGACAAAAAGACGUUAAAACAUGUGUGGUACCACAAUUGUUGAAACUUUAGACAAUCGUUAUUAAAAAAAUCAAGAUCUUUCCUAGUACUGAAUUCGAAAACUAGAGCCACUGAUUUGACUACCCCAUAAACCAUAGUUGCUACACGUAGUACUUCAAUAAUCUAAUCUCUAGCGACGUACUUCAAAACAUCCACAAUUACAACAAGAGUACCACAGCACCACGAUGCUUCCACCAACCCAUUUGAUUUUCCUAACUUUGGCUUCAGUUAAAUGCGCCACGAGUGAGCCUACAUGCUUCGAUCAAACCGCGCGUUUCCCCUUUUCCGACGACUCGACGAAGUACUGGGAGUGCCUCAACGGCGUUCAAACCCUGCGGUACUGCCCCCAGAAGCACCACUUCGACCACGUUUCGCAAACUUGCCGAGUCCUCGACGAUUUUCCGGUUCUUGACGAUGUGGAGUGCAGCCCAGACAAUGUCGACUUUUUGCCGCACCCGUCUGACUGCACUAAGUACGUGUGGUGCUAUUAUGGUACUCCGUAUGUUAUAGACUGUCAAGACGGGUUGUGGUUCAGUCCUAGCGAGAAGCGGUGUGUCCAGCCGGUGUCUUCUGGGUGCGCGACGACGACGGUACCACCCUGGACUACUCCAGACGGGAGUGUGUGCGAGGACGUUCCAGAAGGGGAGAUUGUUCUGAAGAGGUGCACUUGUGGUUGUUUGUACUUUUGGGAGUGCCAGGGGAAGAAGGCGACGCUUAAAGAGUGUGAAUUUAAGUUGUACUUUGUGGAAGAGAGGCAGCUGUGUGCUGGAUUGGUUGAUUGUCGAGACGAAACGAGGACACCGUUCCCUUGGACUACUACAUUUCCUACGACUAUAGUAUCUAGACCAGACUAUAAUGACCCAAGAUGCUAUGGAUACGACGACGUAUAUUUCCCCCACCCAGACUGUACCAAAUUCACCCACUGUGAAAUAGGAUGGGGCCGUGUCUGGAACUGUCCCAGUGGUCUCUAUUUUAACGCAGACUUACUAAAAUGCGGACCAUAUUCAGAAUCGUCGUGUGCAAAUUUCACCACUCUAUCAGUACCAACAGCAACAACAACAGCAACAACUGGAGACCCUAGAUGCAACCCAGACGGUACUCUAGAUCUACUACCAGACCCGACGGAUUGCACCAAGUACAUAGAAUGCUACGAAGGCAACUCCUACUUGUUGAGUUGUCCAAGUGGUUUGUGGUUCAGCGCGGACAAAAAAAUAUGCGUCCCACAGGAAGAGGCAGACUGCAUUGCGUCCACUACUGUCGCAUCGACGCCGUCAAACUAUGACCCAAAAUGCAAAGACAAAGAAGGUUUACUGUUGGCACACCCCAAAAGCUGCCACAAAUUUCUAGAAUGUUAUACCAGUGGUACUUUCGAGAGAACUUGUCCUUCAGGUUUACACUUCGAUGGGGAAAACGGACGCUGCGUUUCGCCCAAAAUUUCAACCUGUGUGACAGAGUAGUUGUAUUUGAAUCAUGUAGCAUAAUAAAGUAGUACUGACUUGUAAUCAAA